UACGUGGUUGCGGCACCAGCAGGGGCUCAGCGAGUUAAACCGCCCCUUAUCUCAAAGUCACGGACGAUUUUGGCUUCUAAACUGGAAGACGAGGCUCCGGUGGUUCCCGGCUUCCGACAUCAAUUCAGACAUGGCGGAAAGAGCGACCUUUAUGCUCUCUUCAUUUUCCACCGUCUUCACUGGGUCCUCCCCAUUUCCAUCAUACUCAUUCACAUCCAAGCUCUCCUUUCGUCCCAUGCUCCAACUUCAUCGGACGCCCUCUUCUACUAGAUUUCUUAGGAUUUACGCCUUAUCAAGCAACGACAUCAAAGUGGGUACUAACAUUGAAGUUGAUGGUGCUCCUUGGCGCGUGUUGGAAUUUCUUCACGUCAAACCUGGUAAAGGAGCAGCUUUUGUGAGGACCAAAAUGCGAAAUUAUAUUACAGGGAGCACUGUGGAGAAAACAUUUCGAGCUGGGGGUUCGCUUGAUGAAGCAGAUGUAUUCAAGGAAACGAAACAGUUCACAUAUAAAGACGGUUCUCAAUUUGUCUUCAUGGACUUGAAUACAUUUGAGGAGAUUCGUCUCUCAGAGCAGAAUGGAGACAGGAAGAAAUGGCUGAAAGAGGGAAUGGACUGCAAUUUGUUGUUAUGGAAUGGAAAAGUUAUUGAUCUUGAACUCUUAUUCACGGUAAAACUCUGUGUUGAUGUGGAUCCAGGACAGGGUGACACUGCGCAAGGCGGAUCAAAGCCUGCAACACUUGACACUGGCGCUGUUGUGAACGUCCCACUCUUCAUAAACAGGGGUGACGAAAUAUUGGUGGACACAAGAAAGGGCAGUACAUGAGUCGUGCUUAAGUUUUCCUAAAUUUUGUAGUUAACCUGCAAGGGUUUGUCUUUCUUGAAUGCCAAGGCAGGGUUUUGUAGCUCAUGCAUAUUAAGCUUUGCGAAUUGGCAUGAUUAUUUGCCGUAUCACUGAGAGGCGAUUCAUUGCGUUAAUUGUAAUCGAGAUGUAGUCAGAAGACUCUUUUUGGGGAUACUUGCUGUGAAAGUUGUAAACCUUGAUCACAUUAAUCCAAUUGAACUCUGCUUUCAUGUUUGGGGGCCUUUAAUGAGAAAUAUAACAGAAA